AUGUAUUUAACAUUGAUAGUUUUACCUUUAUUAGGUUCAAUAGUUUCAGGUUUCUUUGGAAGAAAAGUUGGAGUUAGUGGAGCACAUUUAAUAACAUGUACUUCAGUAAUAACAACUACAUUUUUAGCUAUAUUAGCUUUUUUUGAAGUAGGUUUUAAUAAUAUACCUGUAACAAUAAAUUACAUCCAAUUAGGUAUGAUGGUAAUAGCUGUUGGUUUAUCAAGUUAUAACUUAGCUUUAUUCCAUUUAGUAAAUCACGCUUUCUAUAAAGCAUUAUUAUUCUUAGGUGCUGGUUCAGUUAUACACGCAGUAGCAGAUAACCAAGAUUUUAGAAAAUAUGGUGGUUUAAGAGAAUUCUUACCAUUAACUUAUUCAGUAAUGCUGAUAGCUUCAUUAAGUUUAGUAGCGGUACCUUUCAUGACUGGAUUCUACUCUAAAGAUUUUAUUCUUGAAUCUGCAUAUGGACAAUAUUACUUAUCAAGUACUAUAGUUUACUUUGUAGCUACAAUAGGUGCUAUGUUUACUACACUUUAUUCAGCUAAAGUAUUAUAUUUAACAUUCUUAACUAAUCCUAAUGGUCCUUUAGUUAGUUAUAAACAUGCUCACGAAGGUGACUUAUUCUUGACUAUACCAUUAAUUAUAUUAGCUAUUUUUUCAAUCUUUUUUGGAUACUUAACUAAAGAUAUCUUUAUAGGAUUAGGAACUGGUUUCUUUGUAGAUAAUAGUUUAUUUAUUCAUCCUAGUCAUGAAAUAAUGUUAGAUACUGAAUUUGCUGUUCCAACAUUCUUUAAAUUAUUACCAUUUGUAUUCACUGUAUCAUUAAGUAUACUUUCUGUGUUAUUAUCAGAAUUCUUACCUAAAUUACUUAUUAACUUUAAAUUCUCUAGAUUAGGUUAUAAUAUCUUCAGUUUCUUUAACCAAAGAUUCUACAUAGAAUUAUUCUAUAAUAAAUAUGUUACAGAAGGUGUUCUAAAAUUAGGAGGUCAAACAUCUAAGAGUCUUGAUAAAGGUUCUGUAGAAUUAUUAGGACCUACGGGACUUGAAAAACUUUUCGUUCACUUAAGUUCUAAAUUAAAUGAACUAAGUACUGGUGUUGUGACUACAUACGCCUUAUAUAUAUUAAUAGGAAUGUUAUCUUACUUAGCUUUCCUUUACUUUAACCUUGAAUUUGAUUUCUUGUAUCUUUUUAUUAUUUCUCUGGCUUUAAUUGCAACUCAUCCUAACGAUGUUGUUUCACAAAAAAAAGUGUAG